AGAUAUAUAUACAACAAAGUUGUAUAUACAACAAUGAAUAACCUAUAUAUACAACAAUGUUGUAUACCUACAACAACGGUAUAUCCUAUAUAUACAACAAUGUUGUAUACCUACAACAACGGUAUAUCCUAUAUAUACAACAAUUGUUGUAUACCUACAACAACGGUAUAUCCUAUAUAUACAACAAUUGUUGUAUACCUACAACAACGGUAUGUCCUAUACCUACAACAAUAGCAAUCUGGCAACAUCGCAGAAUGGGCGGCAACGACAAGCACUGAAAAGCCCGUGGACGACACCGACUGCCGGCGCCGGCUCACGGUCGUCGCCGCCAUCUUGCCAAGCGGAGAGCGGAGCGCGGACCGGAGCGGAACUGUGAAAAUUCCGGAAAACGAAGCCACGAGCACCAGAAAACAGGAAAUGCUAGUGGAAGAUUCGCCGUAUUGUUCACAGGGACAAACGACCUGGGGACGACCCUGCGCGUCCAAGUCUGGACGGUGCCGAUUCCCGCGUGGCAUGGACACGACCCGAGGAAGGAAGGAUUUGGCCUUGUUGAGGUUGAGCAGCAGGCCCAGCAAAUGUCGUCCGCAGUGGCGUUCAAAUGCAAAACAGGACACCUGGACGGUGCAGAUUUUUGUGCGGUCGAGGAAGGAAGGAUUUGGCCUUGUUGAGGUUGAGCAGCAGGCCCAGCAAAUGUCGUCCGCAGUGGCGUUCAAAUGCAAAACAGGACACCUGGAUGGUGCCGAUUUUUGUUCGGUCGAGGAAGGAAGAUUUUUGUGCGGUCGAGGAAGGAAGGGUUAGGCCUUGUUGAGGUUGAGCAGCAGGCCCAGCAAAUGUCGUCCGCAGUGGCGUUCAAAUGCAAAACAUGACACCUGGACGGUGCAGAUUUUUGUGCGGUCGAGGAAGGAAGGGUUAGGCCUUGUUGAGGUGAGUAUUUUAGCAGUGAAAUUAGCACUGUGGGCUAAUAAUAAACCUGCCUUGUCUAGGUUGAGCAGCAGGCCCAGCAAAUGUCGUCCGCAGUGGCGUUCAAAUGCAAAACAGGACACCUGGAUGGUGCCGAUUUUUGUUCGGUCGAGGAAGGAAGAUUUUUGUGCGGUCGAGGAAGGAAGGGUUAGGCCUUGUUGAGGUUGAGCAGCAGGCCCAGCAAAUGUCGUCCGCAGUGGCGUUCAAAUGCAAAACAGGACACCUGGAUGGUGCCGAUUUUUGUUCGGUCGAGGAAGGAAGGGUUAGGUCUUGUUGAGGUGAGUUUUAACAGUGAAAUUAGCACUGGGCUGAUUUGGAUCUGUAUUUUGGGCCAUUAUUUCUCGAUUUUCUUUGGUGGAACUUGAUUUUCUAUUCAUAAUAAUAAUACAUAAACAGAUUGCAUAUAAUAUGUAUGGCGGAGACACAAUUCUGGGCCAGUCCACACUUCUGGGCCACUUCCAUAAGAAAAGCAUUGAUUUUAUGGAUUUUAUUGUUGUGACCCACGUGAUUUUAAAUUGAACCAAUUGGUUCAAAGUUUUUUGGUUCAAAGGGGGACAAAAAUUGAACCAAAUCCUUAAUGCAAUGAUUUCAAAUAAAGAACCAAUUGGUUUAAUGAAUAAAUUUUCAAAAUUUUAAAUAUAUUUUAAAUUUAGAUGCAAUUUGCACUUUUCGCACCUAAGGAUGAAUAGACUGAUUAAGUCUUGUAAUUUAAUUGGCUGAAAACACAUAACUUAAUUAGUUCUUACCUGGAUUCGAACCUUGUGAUUUGUGAGCACAUCCUCUACCCUCUGCACCACUCGCGUAACGGUAUAUGUUUUAAAAAUUUGACGUAUAUAUAUCAAAUAGGAAAAAACCGUGGAAGAUGCGCCUGCUUUUAGUGACUAAUCAGCCAUUAUGUGAGAAAACGUCCUGAUUUAACUUAUAUUCUACUCUCAUUGGGCCAGUUGCAACAUUAAAUAUACCUACAAAAACUUAUUAAUAAAGAUUUCCGGGGUUAUGUACCAAUAAAAUUUUCAAAUUUUUAUAAAAGGUUUGUUUUUUGGCAUUUGGUUAUUUGCAAGAAAUUAAAAAAUGAUUGCACACACCAUUUGAUGUUGGCAAAUAAUGAGUUAAUAAACUGAAAAAAAUUGAGAAAUUUUUAAUUUUGUGGUACUGAAACAUAUGAAGUUUUUGGUUCUCUGAAUGAAAACAGCAAUGUAGCAAAAUUAUACAUUCCACCCCAUCAAUACUUAAAAUGUUAUUCUAUAUUGAAACCUAAAAAAUAUGAACCAAAUUCCCUGUUUUCUUGUGCAUAGUGAUUGUUUAAUUAAUGAAAGGAGUUAAAAUUUAAUCGGAUCAUAACAUAAUUUUUAAGAUGUUCAUAUGGAAAAAAUCCAAAGUUUUUAUUCGUUUUUUCCUAAAUAUUAACCAAAAUAUUUACAUUAUUCUGAGUCAAAAAUACAUACGAAUGCUUGAAGUUUUGAUUCUUUGUUGCAAAUUAUUGAACCAAUAGAUACUCUUAAACAAACUUUGCUUCUAUUUUUUAGAAAUAAAGAACCAAAACUCUGUUACAGACAUGAUUUGAUUCUUUAUUUUAAAAAAUUGAACCAAAACUUCUGUAUGUUGCUUCAUUAAAACAAAAAAUUGAACCAACUUGGUUCAUUGAUUUGAUUUUGAACCAAAAUUGGUUCUAUUAAUAGGAUAAUUGCAUCAAUUGGUUCAAAAAAGUGCAAUCUUUGAACCAAAUGACCAAAAUUUAACCAAUUGGUUCAAUUUAAAAUCACGUGGGGCCCCAUCAACAAUGAAAACAAUGCUAUUUAAAUGGAAGUGGCCCAGAAGUGUGGAAUGGCCCAGAAUUGUGUCUCCGCCAUAUGUAAAAUAUUAUCAAAAUGCAAACAGAGAAUGUAUACAUGCAAAUAUAUGUACCAUAACUUUUAGCGCAUUAAAACCUGCCUUGUCUAGGUUGAGCAGCAGGCCCAGCAAAUGUCGUCCGCAGUGGCGUUCAAAUGCAAAACAGGACACCUGGACGGUGCCGAUUUUUGUGCGGUCGAGGAAGGAAGGGUUAGGCCUUGUUGAGCACUUAGGACGAGCUGCGGCUGCUGUUCUGAAGAGCGAGCAUUGGCCUUAAACAGAGCUACGACCGCACGAGAUUUCGUCCUGUGACAAGUAUUUUUAAGAGCUACGACAGCUCUUAAAAGUUUUUCAGUGUAGCAUUACAUAUUUUGCUAUACCUGGAAUUUAUUGUUACAUAAGCAAACCUGUAAUUCAAUUCUCUUAAAUUUAACGGUACCUACUAUGAUUUGCAUUAUUGUUACACAGGCAGUCAAAUUUUAUAACUUGCAUUGGAACCAUUAUCAAUAAAUUUUAUCUCCCGCUGAUGAA